AUAAUGCCGAGCUUCGGCAGUAAAUUCCUGGCCUGCCUGCUGCUCAGCUCGGUGAUCCUGGUCAGCGGCCAGUUCGAGCACUAUCUGGACAGCCUGCGAUCCUCGGAGCUGUACGAGUUCGAGGAGGGAUCGCUGGGCAGCAUCCAGUAUUUGCCCAAGGGCGACAGCGAGACGAUCGAGUUGCAACUGGAGCAGCCCAUUCACUUCUACGGGGAGCAGUACGAGCAGCUGCAUAUCAACACCAAUGGCAUCCUCACUUUCAAUUCAGAGUUCCCCGAGUACCUGAACCAGCCCUUCCCGCUGGAAUACGCCUCGAUAGCGGCCUUCUACUCGAACGUGGACACUUCGUUUAGCGACGAGGGAACUUCGAUCUCUUUGCUGGAGACCAAGGACCAAGGAAUCCUCGACAAAGCCACCAGUUUGGUGCGUUACGCCUUUACCAGCCAGCCCGAUUUCGAGGCCCGCCAGGUUAUCGUUGCCACGUGGCGCAAUGUGGGUUACUUCGACUCCAAGACGGACCGUCUGAACACCUUCCAGGUGGCCCUCAUCGCCGAUGAGCAGAAGACCUUUGUGCAGUUCAUCUAUCCGGACGGCGGUCUUAACUGGCUGCAGGGCGAGACCGCUGGAUUGGGUCUGCCCGAUAUUCGUGCCCAGGCAGGAUUCGUGGCUGAGGAUGGACGCUACUACUCCCUGAACGGUUCGGGAUCGGAGAAUGCCCGUUUCUUGAGCGAGAGCACCAACCUGGGCGUUCCCGGAGUCUGGCUGUUCGAUGUGGCCCCCAUUGCGCCCGAGCUGAAUGUGCGGACCCCCGACAACGCCGAGUCCCGCACGGAGUCACCCGCCUUGGCCCAGAGCUGCCAGGCCCACGGCCACCAGUGCCACGAGAGGGCGGAGUGCCACGACAAGGCCGAGGGAUACUGCUGCGUCUGCGAAUCGGGAUUCUAUGGCAACGGCAAGUCCUGCCUGGCCAACGACAAGCCCAUCCGAGUGGCAGGAACUCUGACCGGAGAGCUGAACAAGCAGCCCGUCAGCGAGGAGGCCAAGCUGCAGUCGUAUGUGGUGACCAGCGAGGGUCGCACCUACACCACCAUCAAUCCGCUAACCCCCGAUCAGGGCGCCCAGCUCCGACUGGCCCUCCCACUGCUGACCACCGUGCCCUGGUUGUUCGCCAAGUCGGUGGGCGGGGUGCCCAAUGGCUACCAGCUGACCGGCGGUGUCUACACACAUGUUUCUCGAUUGCAAUUCGAUUCUGGGGAGAGUCUCCAUGUGAACCAGACAUUCGAGGGCCUCAACUACUGGGACCAGCUGUCCGUGAAGAUCGAGAUUUACGGCGAAGUUCCUGCGGUGGCGGCGGAUGAGAUCCUAAUUCUGCCUGACUACGUGGAAGAGUACACAUUCGAGAGACCUGGAGAACUGAAAUCUGUGCAGGUGCUCAGUCUGAAUCUUACGGGAGAACAGCGCGUGCUGGGACUUCAGGUGGAGCAAAGGAUUUUGUACCGCAGCUGCUUGCGGGAUGACGAGGCUGACCCCAGUGCCACCAAGGUGCUGCAGAAGAUCUCCAAGGUGGCUCUGGACUAUGUGGACCGUGACCAGGCGCUGCGCAUUGGCGCCAUGAGCAAGGUGGGCGUGACCGCCGAGUCGAAUGCCUGCAACGAUGGCACCGCCGAUUGCGUGGAUAACUCGGUGUGCGUUCCCUAUGAGGACACCUACCGGUGCGACUGCCACCAUGGCUUCGCCGCCCAGCUGGACGAGGGCGGCUUGGAGGUUUGCCUGGACAUCGACGAGUGCGCAUCGGGUUCCCAUGUCUGCGACGAGAACGCCAUCUGCGACAACACGGAGGGCGGAUUCAACUGCUACUGUACCGAGGGCUUCGAGGGCAACGGCUACCGUUGUCUGUCCAACAGCACCGCUGACAAUAUCGAGUAUCCGCCAGCCACUGAGGAUCAGAACCCCAAUCCCAGCCCAUAUCCCCAAGAGACGGAGGACCGCAAUCGGGAGCGUGAGCAGCGGAUAAGGGAACACGAACAGGAACAAGAACGGGAACGCGAACGGCAAAGGGAAGAGGAGCGGGAGCAGUAUCCCCAGCCGGAUCCAUAUCCAUACCCCGAGGAACAGGUGCCCCAACACCAAGACGAGUGCUACCGCUGCGCGAAGGACGCCGACUGCUACGAAGGACGCUGCGCAUGCCGCGAAGGAUUUGAAGGCGAUGGCUACUCCUGCACCAACAUUUGUGGACACGAGGAAGUUUUUGAGAAUGGCCGUUGCGAGCCCUUGCUGCUCGAAAGGAUCGACGUGGACCCGUCUUGCGAUGCCUUCGGCGCCUGCCAAUGUCCCUAUGGAUACGAACUGACCCAGGAUAGCCAGCGCUGCACCUACGCCCACGACGUUGAUAGUGAAAGGAACUCCGAUCUGAUCCCCUGCGACGUGGAUGACAACUGCCACAUCAAUGCCACCUGCAAUUGGUUUGGCCAAGAGCUUCGACACAUUUGCACCUGCCAGCCGGGAUUCAGAGGCGACGGAUACACCUGCGAGUCAAUCAGCGACGACUCUUGUGAUAUUAGACCCGAGAUCUGUGACGUUCAUGCCAGCUGCGUUGCGAACGAGGAGCUGGGCAAGUCGGAGUGCCAGUGCCAGGCGGGCUACGAAGGCGACGGCUUCCGCUGCCAGUUGGCCCCCGAGUGCCAGUCCGCCGAGCAUUGUGGCGAAAAUGCCCUCUGCGACGACGGCGUCUGCCGCUGCCAAAAGGACUACGAGCGGGACGUCAGCGAUCGCUGUGUGCCGGCCGGACGAUGUGGCAUCGUCUUCUGCGGUUCGAAUUCCAUCUGCAAGUGGGACCCGGAGCAGGGUGUCCAGUACUGCGACUGCCUCGAGGGCUAUGAAGGCGACCCGCUCACAGGGUGCACCAGCAAGCCCCUGUCCUGCCACGUCGUGAACAACUGCGGCAUCCACGCCACCUGCGAGCCCACCGAGGAUCCGGCCAAUUACGAGUGCCAGUGCAUUGCAGGCUUCAACGGCGAUGGAUACGUGUGCAUUGAGGAGCAGAACUGCCUGAAUAACCCGACGUUGUGCGAUAUGAACGCGAAGUGCCACUCGACCAAUUCCGGCCUGGUCUGUGUUUGCAAUCAAGGCUUCUACGGCAAUGGAUCUGUGUGCCAGGAGCGCCAGCAACAGGACUCCGACUUCCUGAUCGUCAGCCAGGGCGUGAUGAUCGCUCGCGUUCCCCUAAAUGGACGUAAUGUGAGGCCUAUUUCUGUGGCCCAAAUGGCCAUUGGUCUGGACAAGGACUGUGUGGAGGGACGAGUCUACUGGGGCGAUAUUUCAACUAAGAAGAUCGUUAGCGCGAAAUACGACGGCACAGAUUCUCGUCCGUUUAUCACCACAGACAUUGAAUCUCCCGAGGGUAUUGCCAUCGAUGUGAUCUCGCGCCGCCUUUACUGGGCGGACUCAGCGAAGGACACAAUUGAGGUGGCCAGCCUGGAGGAUCCUUCGUUGCGGGCAGUGAUCAUCAAUAAGCAGCUGGUGAACCCGCGUGGCAUUGCCGUGGAUGCCUACAGGGCAAAACUGUACUGGUCGGACUGGAACCGCGAUUCGCCCAAGAUCGAAAUGUCCAACCUGGAUGGCACUGGUCGCGAGCUUCUCCUGGGCAAGGAUGCUGUUACCCUGCCCAACUCACUGGUGGUGCUCGAGAAUUCCGGUGAGGUGUGCUACGCCGAUGCGGGCACCAAGAAGGUGGAGUGCAUCGAUCCGCAGAACCGCCAGAUUCGCACCGUCUCCAACGAGCUGUCCUAUCCCUUCGGCAUCACCUACACGAACGAUCAGUUCUACUGGACGGACUGGACCACCAAAAAAGUGGAGAUCGUGGACAGUCUGGGAACGCGGCAGAAGCCCAUCCAGCCGCCCUUCUUCGGCAGCCACAAGAUGUACGGCAUGACGGUCGUGGAGCAGCACUGUCCGCAGUACCAGAGUGCCUGCCAGAUCAACAACGGCGGAUGCACGGACUCCCGGAUCUGCCUGGUGAACCGACAGGCUCCGUCCGGAAAGAGCUGCAAGUGCACCGGCGCCUCCACAGGCUGCUCCGUGCCUGCGCCCGGAUUCUAAGUCUAUCUUUAAUGCAAACUGAAAUUAUUUUUCGAUACGUAUACAAUCACCAAAGCAAAGCAAGUUAACCAAAGCGCGGAAUGGUAUCGAAUUAAAUUAAACUAAACUACAUUUAAUUAACUAACUAGGAGUGCCUGGGUGCCAUUUCAAAGAAGAAUAAUUAAUAACGAAGAAUAAUUAAUAAAGAGAAACAAGCCUUGACAGAA